UAUGAGUGUUUGUUGCUGGUAUUUUUAGUUGUCAUUUCCAUUGGUAUUUCGGUGUUGUCAGUACUAAAUCAACUAGCACGGUUGUAGCAACAGCAACAGCACUGAGCAUAACAGAUAACGCAAGCGUAGCAGCCGGAAAGGCACCAAUUAACCAACCCAACCGAAUAAUCAACUGUUCAACCAACCAUAUAUUAUAUUUAAUAAUAACAAUAAAACAAUUAAAGUGUCACUGGUGUUAUUUUAAUGAAAAAGUUGCUACAACAUUUUCAGCGUGUGCGGACCGAUUGCAAAACAACAAAUAAUUACAUUUGAAAAAAAAAAAAUUGUAAUAAUAAUAACAAACUAAAAAUAGUUCCAAAACCUUUGUGGCGUUCACUGGACACUCGCCAAAAAAUUACGACGAAAUACCAAUUGUGAUAUCGAAUACAGAGUCAAUAAGRAAUAAGCGCAAAAAUGCAUCAAUUCAAAUUAACCGAAAUGAAAACGAAUCUGCUMUACGCACCCGAGUCAUAUGCGCUGGCGCAUGCCGUCUCCGCCGAUCUGAACACGAUGAAGGGCACGCUCGCUUGGCAAUUUGCUGUGAUUUUCGGCAACUUCGAGGAGCUCAGCAAGCAGCCGAUAACCGUGGGCAAUGUCGCUGUUAUGGAGCACCAGUCGCGUUUCAUAUACUUUCUGGUGACGAAGGAAAAUGUCUACGAGACCACAACAUACAACACAUUGCAUGCGGCGUUGAUUUGUAUGCGCGAACAUAUGCGCAUACACGAGAUCACAAAAAUCGCCAUGCCGCGCAUUUGCUGUGGCACGGACGGCUUGGAGUGGCGACGUGUCAAGCAAUUAAUACGCACCGUAUUCGCCAGAGAGAUCAACGUGGAAAUACUGGUUUGCAGCCACAAUCAAACGGUGACAAUACCGCCAAAAUGCCAAAUUGUCGAAGAGAAGGGCAACAUCUUAAACGCGCCKCAGGACUUCUCGCUGGUGCACUCGACUAGCGCCGACUUUGCCAUGUCCAGCGGCAUAGGCUUGCACUUCAAAUGCAAAUUUGGACAGAUCAAUGAGUUGCAAAAACAAAAUAAACAUGUUGGCAAUGUGGCGGUGUUGAAGGACAACAACCGUUAUAUCUACAAUUUAAUAACCAAGGAACGUAGUCAUGAGAAGUGCACAUAUCCGGCGCUUUACUAUGCGCUGAUGGCAAUGCGCGAGCAUGUGGAGCAAAACAAUGUGACCAAGCUGGCCAUACACAGAUUCGGUGGUGACAUCGAUCGCUUGAGUUGGUUGCGUGUUAAGAACAUUGUGGAAUUCGUGUUUUGCAAUAAUGCCGUGGAAAUCAUUGCAUACGUCUAUGAUCCACCAGAGGUAGUACGCAGACGCUCACGUGAUUCACGCUCACGUUCGCGCACUUUGGAGUCCAUGGUUAAUCGCAUGUCGCUUUCACGAGACUUUCCUUGAAUGAAGUGGGAGUUGAAGCAGGCGAAGAUUUUAAGUUAAAAUAUGAAAUGUGUUUUAUUUUUACACCCACACAUAAGCACACAGUUAAUUUAUUAAUAUUUUACUCAUACACCACAUAUUUAUAAUCUUAAUUUUAAGUUUAUUAUUUACACUGAAAGCGGUGUUCCAGAAGGACAAACAUUGCAAGUUUUUUUUUGUUGUUGAAGGAAAAGUAUUGGAGCAGAGUAACGUGUAUUUGUGUCGAAAAAAAAGUUAAAAGAAAACGAAUGUUAUUUAUUUGRCAUUAAUCAUUCAGAGUCUGAUUAAACAACAAAAAUUUGCACAAAAAAUAUUUUUAUUCCACAAUUUAUUACUUUUUUCGAAUUUUCUAAACUAUUCUGAGGCAGUAUGUGCUUUAAUUCCACAUUUAUUAUUUUUUUGAAUUUUUUAA